AUGGGAAUUCAAAAUUUGUUACCAUUCGUAAAGAAAGCUUGUCGACAAGGAAAUAUCGCGGAAUUUCGUGCUCAGUCGAUUGCUGUUGACAUCAGUUGUUUCCUUCAUAGGGCACUUGUUGGAUGCGCGAGUGAAGUCACCCUUGGUUAUCAAACAGAUUUUUAUAUCCGUUAUGUUACGCGAUUUAUUAAAAUGCUCACAGAUUAUGGUUGCCAUGUAAUUCUUGUCUUUGAUGGUCAACCUCUUCCAGCGAAAAGAAAUACGAAUGAUUCUCGACGUGAAAAACGUGAUCAUCAUCGGAACAAAGGGAAGCAAUUGUUAAGCGAAGGUAAAGUUAACGAAGCAUAUGAUUGCCUCAAGAAAAGUGCAUCUUUAACGAGGGACAUAAUCGAUAACACUAUAGAAGCCUUCCAAAAUUUCGAGAUGGUUGAUAUAUUAGUUGCACCAUAUGAAUCCGAUGCUCAGCUUGCUUAUCUUAAUAAAAUUGGCUUAGCCAAUGUACUUAUAACUGAAGAUUCUGACCUAAUCGCAUUUGGUUGUGAAAAGAUUAUAUUCAAACUAAAAUUCGAUGGUACAUGUAUAAUUUAUGAACGUAAAAAUUUGUCGAAAUGCUUUGGCAAAACUAUGGCGCAAGAUUUCAGUUUUGAUAAAUUCAGAAGAAUUUGUAUUCUGUCAGGAUGCGAUUAUCUUCAGGCGGGUUUACCUGGAAUCGGCAUCAAUAAAGCGACUACAUUUUUUUCAAAAGUUUCCGGAUCUGAUCUGAUUUUGCCGCGUAUUCCUCGUUAUUUGAAUAUGAAUAGGUUAAAAAUAAAAAAGGAAUUCAUAAAAGAUUUUAUAAAAGCUGAAAAUACCUUUCUUUACCAAAUCGUUUUCGAUCCUAUUGAAAGAAAGCAACGACCUCUCACUGAUUAUCCAUUUGUGCUUAGUUGCGAUCUAUUAAAAAUACUUCAUAGUUUGGUUUUUGACAUUUUCAGUUUUUCUAGAUUGGCUCUAGGGAAUGAAUUAAGUGCAGACCCAUCCGAUGAUAAGUUUAUUCUUCCUGAAAACAUUCCUGAAUGGUCAAUAUGGAGACGGCGGUGCAGAAAAAGAAUUCUUGAAAAUAACAGCGACGCUGCAAAAGAAUAUCUUAAUGAAAAAGCAAAGGUGAAUAUCUAUUAUUAUUAUUAA